AGACCAAGGCUGCGGGGGAGUACGGGGUCGUUGGGCAGUUAUUUGAGUGGCCCGGGUCACCACGCGAUCCACGCUGAGAAAAGCACUUGGGAGAAGCCUGCUAGGCAUCCCAGAAGAUUAGGGCCUCCCGGACUCACAACUCUUCUUCCAUUUUCCCCCAUGUCGAAUAUCUUCCAGAAACCCAGCCCCUGCGAGACUCCCUCCACCGUCCGCAAGUUCCGGGUUCUGUGGUCCAAGCAGAAGGCCAAGCCACUUACUCUGCCUCCACUCCAGCAAGCUGGCGGUGGUGGCCACAGCAGAAGCAAACUGAAGACUUUCAGUAAGUGCCAGCCAGUGUUGCACCGCAAGCCCACCACCGCGGGGACGCGCCCGCCGAGGAACCCCGCGGACCCAUUUGCGAGGGAGAUGGCAGACGCCAGGAAGAUCCAGGCGCAAAUCCGGCUGACCAGGGCGAUGCUCAGGAACCGGCGGGCCACGCUCCAGGAGCUCGGCAACCAAGAGCGCUACCUCGCCAAGCUCAACGACGAGCUGUUGAGGAUCAUCCAGGACGUGGAGGACAGCACGGCGCUGAACGUGCGGGAGCUGCUGCAUCAGCAGGACACGCUGGCGAACGUGGUCAACAUCCUGGAGUACUCCAACAAGAGGAGGCUGCAGCAGCUCAAGUCCGAGAUUCAGGAGUGGGAAGAGAAGGAAAACCAGAAGAUGAGCUGCCUGGAGCGGCAGGUGCAGCAUCUGGAGGCGCAGAACAAGAAGACCCAGGACCAGGUGAACUUCCUGAGCACGUACAUGGACCACGAGUAUCCCGUCAAGCUGGUCCAGCUCGCCAGCCUCGGGCGCCAGGUGCAGCAAGCCAAGGAUCGCCAGCAGGAUGAGCUGGAUGACUUCAGUGAGCUGCGUAGGAAGGUCCUGGCCUCUGUGUAUGCCAAGAUUCAGGAGAAGCAGCAGAGGAUUUUGAGGGCUGUGGCAGUGAAAACCCAGCGUCCCCACCAAGAGGCUCUGCUGCGGAAGACACAGGAGAGCCAGUUCAUGCAGAAAUUCAUGUGGAGGUUCAGAGACUUCAUUGGGCAGCUGGAGGAGGAGCUACCGGUCCUGAGGCAGGAGGUGGGAGCCCUGCAGGCCCAGGUGUGGGACCCCCGCGAGGUCGUGUUUGCUGAUGUUCUGCUUCGGAGGCCCAAGUGCACCCCAGACAUGGACGUCCUCAUCAACAUGCCCGUGGAGGAGCCGUUACCCUUCUAGACGGCCAUUCCCCCCGAGCUUUCCGCCCAGCCCCAGGUGCCUGGAAUUGUUUCCUUCCCAGACCAGGUCGUCAUUCAGACCCUGGGCCCUGAAGUUCCUCCCUCUGUCCCUCCCUCCGGUCUCGAUCCCUCUCCCUCCCCCUCCCGCAGUCUCCCCUUCCUUUCUGGCUGGGCCUGGGGAGGAGUUCCCAGUGAAACUUGCCAUUCCUUUCUGCCAAUAAAGCUGGACUUGCACCUG